AAAUUAGAUAAAAAAAUUUAAUAAAAUCGUUAAGCAAAAAAAAAAAAAAAUGCAAAUUUUUUAUUAAAAUCACCUGUUAGUCGCAUUGCUAUUGAAUUGUAAAAUAAAUAUAAAAAAAAAAAAUAAAUAAAUAAAUAAUUAAAAUUUGCAAUGGCUGUGCAAAACCAAAGAUUAAUGAAAUCCUCUUUGGCUGAUAAUACGGUAACAACAACAACGACAACAACAACGCCAAUAACAACACAAACAACAUCAACAAGAAAUUCGAAUUCUACUACCGUGCCAUCAAUGACAAUGCCGCCAUCAUCAUCGUCGACAUCAUCACUGCCAGCGAAAACACUUCAAGCGACCCACACAUCUGCUCCAACACCAACCGCAUCACCGCAAAUAGCAACGCAUGCUACCAUAAAUGGUGGUCCGCGUGUAUCAUUCAAUCGCGAUGUUCAUGUCAAACGAAUCGGAAAGCGCAGCUCCGAUCAAACGAAUUACGAAACAACGAAUCUUCAGCCGCCGCAGAGCGUAACAGCAGCUAUACCUUCGUAUCAUCAAUUGCCACCAGUUGAUCUUUCAGCCGAAAGUAUACGUAAAGAAGCCGCACUUGUGUUAGCACAGGCCGAACGUCACAAGAGCACAGCCGAGAACGCUGAUAAUAUACCGACUUUUAGGGUAAGAACGAAACGUAGCGGAGAUCCCAAAAAGUUUCAUUCCCUGCCUACGCGUAAGAAACGAAAGCCAUUAGCACGCAGCAGUAGUGACGCCGCGGCUAAGAAAGCUGCCAAGAAACCUUCCAUUUUCAGUAUUUUUAAUCGUAAAAGUGAUACGCAAAUUAAUCAAGACGAGAGAGACCCGCGCUUCGAAGGAAGUGGUGGCCGCCAUCUUGUUAGAAGUAAAAGUGAUGUCAGCUCCUUGCCCAAUAAACCGAAGAAGCCCAAUUUAAAAGACUCGAAGACAACACAAAAUCAAUCAAGCCAUAAGACAGUUACGUCUCAAUUGACGCCAAUCAUAGAAAACGUAUCUAAUGAGGAUUUCUUUGAGGAACAAAUCGGCAAACGUGAGCGUCGUAAAUCUGAUGCCAUAACUGAUCGAGAAAAGAAUGAUAGUGCUCUAAAUAUUUCGCUUGACAAUUCUCUAACUCAGAAUACCGUAGAUGAUAAGCUAUUGGGUAAAAUUCCAAUAUCGGACGGUAUCAGGGAGAAGAUUUUAACAUUGCAAACCAAGUCUCAGGAAAACAUGCACAGCUCGCAAUUGCCGGCACAAAAAUUGCCGUUAACGAAAGGCAAGACUGUAAACGGUUUAGCCAAACGUUUGUCUAUGGAACGCUUCUCCCCACCGCCCCCUCUCACUGGACCGGCCUUUUCCUAUAUACGACCUAAUGAUGGCAUAACUUAUGCUCAGCUAGAACAUGAAGAUCAUGAUCUGCGUUUGGGUCAGAGAACAUUGCAAAAGAACCGGGACUACAGAUCACCGCGUCGCGACUAUAGAUCACCGUCCAGAGAGCGUUUCACGCCCGAUAGGGAAUUGCAUAAAACCCUUGGCAAUCGCAAAUCUUUGGAUCAAACCGAUUUUAUAACUAGUCAGAAUCAUAAAAUAUCACAUCGCAGCAAACAACAUUCGCCUAAUUAUAAUCCACACUCAGGUACUACUACCAUACAUAUAGGCGGUUCAUUUUCACCCUCGCCCUGGCAGCCGUUGAGUCCACGCAAUUUAAGCGAUGAAGACGAGGGCUUGGGCAUCGAAACACGUAAAUAUUACGAUGACGAUUUGCCAAAAAUUAGAAGCAAAUCACCGGCUGAACCGCCUAUAGUACCGAAAAUACGUAGCAUAACUCCGACACAAGAAAAUGGUUUCCAUACGCCCGAAAGAUACCUUUCACCUAGACGCGAAAUGACUCCGCCUCGUCAUCACGAUGACAUGGGUUAUCGUAGAGCACGUUUAGAAUCUCGUAUACUUAAUCGACGAUUUGGUGAAGUAGGUGGCUUUCAUAAUGCACGCGAACUUACCCCAAAUCGUCAUUUACAGCAAGAAGACCGAGAAGAGACUACUUACGAACAAUGUACAGUCGCUAAGCGCUACCUCAGCCCUGAACGAGAUAUUUUAAAGGAACAACGUUUUCAUAAACCUGAAGUUGAUGAAAUUUUAAAUAAAUACUCGCCCGAACGUUCUCACUUAGAUAUCAUAGCGCCGACGCCUGCGAAUCCAAGCAUUAGUACAUUACCGAAAUUGGAGAAGACUUCACGUUACAAGCACACCAAAUAUUAUGAUGACGGUCACGGUGGAGUUAAGGAAGUAUACGAACGUCAAACUCAAAUUGAUGCUGACGGUACACCUUAUGUGCGUGAGUCGAGACACCGGGAACGUUUGAAUUCUUAUAGCAACAAAGUUGUUAGAGAAUCUUCUCCAACAAAUGAGCGCCACUCGCAAAACGAUUAUGAACCUAAAUCGUUAGACUCACAGUUCACGGGCACUGAUCAAUAUCGCUCAUCGCCUGAAAACAUGAAACGUUACGAUAUCAAUACGGAACGUGUCAUAACACCUCAUCAAAGCAGCGAAGAUCGCUGGCAUAGUAGUUUAAAACGUGAUAAACUACAGCAGCGUAGUUUUGAUAAAGGGGACUCAGGUAUCGAAAAUGACUUCCGCAAGGAAUCAUUUAAUGGCGACUUACAAACGAGAUGGCGUAAACCUUCUACGGCCGAUGAUAUGAGAAGUUGUGAGAAUUUCCUAAAAAAAGAGCGUCGCCACUGUGAACAACAGAGACAAUGCAAAGAUGCGAUCGUUUACCGUGAACGUUCUAUUGAUGAUGGCUCUCAUUACGAUCCUCAUUUAGAUAAAUUUCCUAUGAGUAGAACAACAUUACGAAGACGAGAUCAACCAACACAAACGAUACCCGAGCAUGAACAGACGACUGUUACAACUCUUAAGCGCUCCAAAAAAUUGGGUGGUUUUGAGAAAGUCAAACAACUGUUUACCGGCGCGCAUGGUGAUAAAAAAGAUCCCGAACGAAAAAGUAACAGUAGCAGCACCAGUAGUAGCGCCGGCACACAACAAACAGUACGACCCAAAGAUAAAGACAGCAAAUAUAUGGUAAACGAGGAGGAAAUGCGUUUAAGAUAUCAAGAGCAUCGUGCUGCUGGCAAUGCCUUACGUUUACCAAGUGAGCACAAAAGAGAAUCAAAGGGCAUUGAUAUAUCAAUGCGUCGUCGGUUAUCGACACCCAAAGCUAGUCCGCUUCUUAUAAAACGUACCUCAUCGCCGAUAGAUAAAACCCAUAAAGAGUCAUCGUUAGCCAGCAAGCCAGAGAAAAUCAGUUGGUUUAAAUCUUUGGAUAGAAGAUCGAAAAGUAAAUCCAAGGAAAAGAUAAAUGUAACGGUAAAUGAACCAAACGAAACCCCAUCAAGUAGUAUGAAGCGUGCCAAGCCUUCGACAAGACAGCAAACCCCUAAUAAUACAACAACCAUAGCACCACAACCGGCCAAAAAUUUAAGAUUUUUUGGCGACACAGAUGUGGAUUCAAAUCCACCAACUAUCUCGAAGGCCAACACUGCGCAUAAAAGUCGUCCCGCUGUAACCGCAACACUGAAUCGGUCACAAAAAUUUUCUCAAAGCGCUUAUCAUUUAGAUCGCAUUGCUGGCGCAGAGGGAAGCCCGCAACGUCAAGAUUAUCGACAAGAUUUGGCUACAGCUUCAUUAGCUAAAAAUAGCGUAGCAGGGAGUCGUCUCAAAAGUACCUCAAUGAAUAAUUUAGAAAAUGGUCAUUGCGAUGAGGUAGAUUUUCGAAAAAAACGUCACUAUUCACGUUCACGUGAGCUUCACGAUAUCUCGGAGAGCGGUUCAGAAACCGAAGAUCAAAAUAAUAAGCGUCCAAAUGGCGGUUUAACCGGAUCGAAAACAUUGUCACGCGAUCGUUUAGAUCGUACACAUCGGUAUGACGAUCACACGUAUCGACGUAGCAAUGAACGUCAUGCUUUGGCGACAACGACAUCAUCGUCCGCUGCUAACGGUAACGGGGACACUAGUACUGGCUCCCAACAGCAUCAAUCCGGACGAAACAUGCCACCGUACUUGACGGGACCACCAAAGCCCGCACGCAGUACAGAAAGGCGUGCCAUGUCGUACUCAAGGGAACGAGAACGUUUUCCAGCUGAAAGUUCCGGUACAGAGGGUGAGUCCAGCUUACAUAGUCAACGUAGCGUUGUUUACUUGCAUGCUACAACCGUUGGUGCCAUACCACAGCCAUACCAUUUAAGGCGUCGUUCCAUUUCAAAAGACGAUUUACAAUCAAAUAAAACUAAAAGUCAACCACAAGCAUUGCAGCCUAUGACACGUACGGUAUCACGAUCCGUAUCGAUGUUGGCCCCUUGGAAACCGAAAUUAAUUAGUGAAGGCUACGAAAUUAAUUAUUCUCAGGAACAAAAGAAAGCAAUGACUACACUGCCACGUCAUUCGACGCAGCCAACGAAUUCGAAUGUCGGUAAUACUGUGACACGUCCCAAUAAGCGCCACGAUCCUGGGCGUACAAGACGUCAAGAGAUUAUUAAAGACGACGAGUCUUCAUUAAGAAAUUCUUCGACUACUAGUGCCUCGAAAUCGGCCCUAUCUACGAACUUAAGACGAAAACUCAAAUGAAAUGAUUUUUUUUGAUAUAUUUUUUGUUUUUUCAUUGUACUUAUUUAAAAAAAUUCCCCUAUUAAUCAAAUGCAAAUUCAU